AUGAUGUCCUUUUGCCACAAUAUAAUUAAUAUCUCCUGUGUGAAAAGCAGCUGGUCAAAUGACGUCCGUGCUUCCCUGUACAGUUUAAUGGUGCUCAUAAUUCUGACCACAGUGGUUGGCAAUCUAAUAGUUAUUAUUUCUAUAUCACACUUCAAGGAACUUCAUACCCCAACUAAUUGGCUCAUUCAUUCCAUGGCUACUGUGGACUUUCUGCUGGGGUGUCUGGUCAUGCCUUAUAGUAUGGUGAGAUCCAUUGAGCACUGCUGGUAUUUUGGAGAAAUCUUCUGCAAAAUUCACACCAGCACUGAUAUUAUGCUGAGCUCAGCAUCAAUUUUUCAUUUGUCUUUCAUUUCCAUUGACCGUUACUAUGCUGUGUGUGACCCACUGAGAUACAAAACUAAGAUCAACAUCUUGGUUAUUUUUGUAAUGAUCUUCAUUAGUUGGAGUAUUCCUGCUCUUUUUGCAUUUGGAAUGAUCUUUCUGGAGCUAAACUUCAAAGGAGCUGAAGAGACGUAUUACAAACACAUUCACUGCAUAGGGUGUUGCUCUGUCUUCUUCAGCAAAACAUCUGGGGUUCUGGCCUUUAUGACUUCUUUCUAUAUACCUGGCUCUAUUAUGAUAUGCAUCUAUUGUAGAAUAUAUUUCAUAGCGAAAGGGCAGGCAAGAUCAAUUAAUGAUGCAAAUCAGAAGUUUCGAAUUGGGUUGGAAGAGAAAAAUGGAAUUUCACGAAGCAAAGAAAGGAAAGCUACGAAGACUUUAGGGAUUGUGAUGGGGGUUUUCUUAACAUGCUGGUGUCCUUUCUUUGUCUGCACAGUCAUGGAUCCUUUCCUGGACUAUACUAUUCCACCCAUCCUGAACGAUGCAUUGAUUUGGUUUGGCUACUUGAAUUCCACUUUAAAUCCAAUGGUUUAUGCAUUUUUCUAUCCCUGGUUCAGAAGAGCACUGAAGAUGAUUCUAUUUGGUAAAAUUUUCCAAAAAGAUUCAUCUAGAUGUAAAUUAUUUUUAGAAUUAAAUCCAUAG